AUGACUACGUACGAUAAAGCUUCGUUUAAUAAAGCAGAGUCAUGUUUCAUUUGUGAACAACCAUUCACCAAUACAAAUAUAAAAGUUAGGGAUCACUGUCAUUUCACAGGGAAAUAUCGUGGUGCGGCGCAUAGUAAAUGCAAUCUCAAUUAUAAGACUCCGAACUAUAUUCCAAUAUUUUUCCACAAUCUGAAGAACUAUGACGCUCAUCUAUUCAUAAAACACUUAGCUAUGAAUCAAGAACAGAUUAAAGUGAUUCCACAAUCUUUUGAAAGAUAUGUGUCAUUUACAAAAUUAGUACCGGUAGACAAGUACAUUUCCCAAGAGGGAAAACAAAAAACCGUAUUUUUGCAAAUGAGAUUUAUCGAUUCAUAUAAGUUUCUGUCGUCAAAAUUAGAAACAUUGGCAUCCUUUUUAAGCGCAGAGCAAUGUCGGACAGUACGAAAAGUGUUUCCCGAGGACGAAAGAUUCUCCUACAUGAGAUGUAAAGAUGUCUCAAAAACGGUAAUAUAUGACUUUUUCUAUAACUUUCUGAAGCACCAAUAUAGUAAUAAGGUGUCUUUAGCAUACACGGACACUGAUUCGUUAAUAGUACAUGUUGAAACCGAUAAUUUCUAUGAAGAGAUGAAAUCACACAUGCAUUACUUUGACACAUCCAAUUAUGAUGCUGACAACCCACAUAACAUGCCUCAAACAGCGUCAGAGUUGGGUAAGAUGAAAGACGAAUAUGGUGGCAAGGUACUGUCUGCCUUUUAUGGUACAGGUCCCAAAGCAUACUGUAUCGAUGCUGUAGAUCAAGUGGCUAAACGAGCUAAAGGUAUAUCUAAGGCGAGUGUGAAACAUCAAUUACAUUUGUUACAUUAUAAAGAUAUUGUUGAGGAGAAACGGACAUCUGUGUACUGUACGAUUUAUGUAUUUAAAUCGGAGUCGCACAAUAUAUACACAAAUUAUAUAAGAAAAGUGGCAUUGACCAGUAUGGAUGAUAAACGUUUCUUGAUCUUGAUACCAAACUCAACAAAGACAUUAGCUUGGGGUCAUCAGGAUAUCACCUUUCAUAAGAUGUCGGACGAAGAGCGGUUGGACCUCUUGCUGCGCUUAAUGAACGAAGCCAGUGAGUUGACUAGUGACCAGAUGAAAUGA